CAGGCCUGGGGGAGGGAGGAGGCCUGGAGAAGGAGGAGGGAAAAAGGGGCUGUGGGAUUUAGUGGGUGGGCUGCACCCCCCCGGGGGGCAGCAGAGCCCAAUGGGUCAGAAGGGCCACAAAGACUCCCUGUACCCUUGUGGAGGGACUCCUGAGAGCAGCCUCCACGAGGCCCUGGACCAGUGCAUGACCGCCCUGGACCUUUUCCUCACCAACCAGUUCUCAGAAGCACUCAGCUACCUCAAACCCAGAACCAAGGAAAGCAUGUACCACUCACUGACGUAUGCCACCAUCCUGGAGAUGCAGGCCAUGAUGACCUUUGACCCUCAGGACAUCCUGCUCGCCGGCAACAUGAUGAAGGAGGCACAGAUGCUGUGUCAGAGGCACCGGAGGAAGUCUUCUGUAACAGAUUCCUUCAGCAGCCUGGUGAACCGCCCCACGCUGGGCCAAUUCACUGAAGAGGAAAUCCACGCUGAGGUCUGCUAUGCAGAGUGCCUGCUGCAGCGAGCAGCCCUGACCUUCCUGCAGGACGAGAACAUGGUGAGCUUCAUCAAAGGUGGCAUCAAAGUUCGAAACAGCUACCAGACUUACAAGGAGCUGGACAGCCUUGUCCAGUCCUCACAGUACUGCAAGGGUGAGAACCACCCGCACUUUGAAGGAGGAGUGAAGCUCGGUGUGGGGGCCUUCAACCUGACAUUGUCCAUGCUUCCUACUAGGAUCCUGAGGCUGCUGGAGUUCGUGGGCUUUUCAGGAAACAAGGACUAUGGGCUGCUGCAGCUGGAGGAGGGCGCGUCAGGACACAGCUUCCGCGCUGUGCUGUGUGUCAUGCUCCUGCUGUGCUACCACACCUUCCUCACCUUCGUGCUCGGUACUGGGAACGUCAACAUCGAGGAGGCCGAGAAGCUCUUGAAGCCCUACCUGAACCGGUACCCUAAGGGUGCCAUCUUCCUGUUCUUCGCGGGGCGGAUUGAAGUCAUUAAAGGCAACAUUGAUGCAGCCAUCCGGCGUUUCGAGGAGUGCUGUGAGGCCCAGCAGCACUGGAAGCAGUUCCACCACAUGUGCUACUGGGAGCUGAUGUGGUGCUUCACCUACAAGGGCCAGUGGAAGAUGUCCUACUUCUACGCCGACCUGCUCAGCAAGGAGAACUGCUGGUCCAAGGCCACCUACAUUUACAUGAAGGCCGCCUACCUCAGCAUGUUUGGUAAGGAGGAGUACAAGCCAUUCGGGGACGACGAAGUGGAAUUAUUUAGAGCUGUGCCAGGCCUGAAGCUCAAGAUUGCUGGGAAAUCUCUACCCACAGAGAAGUUUGCCAUCCGGAAGUCCCGGCGCUACCUCUCCUCCAAACCUAUCUCGCUGCCAGUGCCUGCUCUGGAAAUGAUGUACAUCUGGAAUGGCUACGCUGUGAUUGGGAAGCAGCCGACACUCACAGAUGGGAUGCUUGAGAUCAUCACCAAGGCGGAAGAGAUGCUGGAGAAAGGCCCAGAGAACGAGUACUCAGUGGAUGACGAGUGCUUGGUGAAAUUGUUGAAAGGCCUGUGUCUGAAAUACCUGGGCCGUGCCCGGGAGGCCGAGGAGAAUUUUAGGAGCAUCUCUGCCAAUGAAAAGAAGAUUAAAUAUGACCACUACUUGAUCCCAAACGCCCUGCUGGAGCUGGCCCUGCUGUUUAUGGAGCAAGGCAGAAAUGAAGAGGCCAUCAAACUCUUGGAAUCUGCCAAGCAAAACUACAAGAAUUACUCCAUGGAGUCAAGGACACACUUUCGAAUCCAGGCAGCCACACUCCAAGCCAAGUCUUCCCUAGAGAACAGCAGCAGAUCCAUGGUCUCAUCAGUGUCCUUGUAGCUUUGUGCAGCAGUUCUGGGCUGGAAGACAAACAGACAGCUGGACAGAGCUCCUGGAAACAUUUCAAAAGAUCCCCUCCCCCUGCCCUGCCCUGCCUUUGGGGUCCACCGGCGCUCCAGUUGGAUGGCACGACAUGGGUAUCUGUGCAGAAGCCAAGCUUUUCACCAGUGUGGCCAAGGGCCUUUGCCAAGGGCAGAGCAGGUGGAGCCCUCUGCCUGCCUAUCACACAUACGGGUACUUGCUUUUCACUGUGAUGUUUAAGAGAAUGUAUGAACAGUUUACAUUUUCCUUAGAAAUACAUUGAUGGGAUCACAGUUGGCUUUAAAAACCAACAACCACCAACCACCUGUAAGUCUUUGUCUUCACCUAUUAUCAUCUGGAGGUAAAUCUCUUUAUAUGAUGAUGCCAAAGGGCAAAUUGCUUUUCAAAUUCAGCAAGUUCUCAGCUUGUGUGACUGAAGGGCCUUCAGAGGACCUGAGGAGUGCCUGGGAGAGGCUGAGCCUCAGGCUUCAAUGCUUCUGGGGUUGGGCACGAGGAUGCACACAGACAUCCACUACCUUACUACUCACACUUCAUUUCACUCCUUUUGUAAAUUUCCAAUUUAGAAAUCAAGCACGUCUUUUUAGUGAGAGAAAAUCUGAGCUCUUGUGUAGAAAAAUCCAUCUCCACCAGUAGGAAAUGCCAAGGCUUGAUGGAAGAGCCGUGUGGCCCUUUCUGUGCCAAAGCCAGGAAUUUUGGGGGGCAGGAGGAGGUUCUCAGAAUCCAGUCUGUAUCUUUGCUGUAUGCCAAACUGAAACCACUGGGAAUAAUUUAUGAAAGAUAAAAAUCUUCUGUACUUCACUCCAAGGUACAUUUACUUACUGACAGCAUUUUUCUUAGAACUGUUAUUCUUGACCUGUUGUGUAUGUGUUAGAUUCUUCAAUUAAGAGACGAGAGACAUUUAAGUGAUAAAAUUUAUGCCCUUAA